GCUUCUUUCUUCUUCCGGGUCACAACUGCUCCUCCUUCCUGUGAGGGUUUGACCGCUGACAGUGGGUGGGGCCUGCUCCGCUCCGCUUCCCCAGUCAUGGCGGCGGUGGCACCUGCUGCUGCUGCUGUUGCUGCGGGGCGGGAGAGGGCAGAGGGGGGAGGGGACGUCCCCUCCCCCCCACUGCCGCCGCCCCCCCGCGGCCAGAGAGCAGAUGAUACUUUGGAUGAAGUGACAAGACAAGAACUUUGCACAGACACUUUCUGCAAAGUUUGUGGGGCUGUGCUGCAAUUUGAAUCGCAAAGAAUUGCACACUAUGAGGGCAAAAGGCAUGCUCAGAAAGUCCGACUUUAUUUACAAAUGCAUAGUGACCAAAAGGAGGGACACGAGACCAGCAAACAGAAGACGCAGUAUGUGAAUUUCCAGAUGGACCCAAGUGUGGACGAAAACACAUACUGCAGGCUUUGCAACAUGAUCUUCACGUCCCCAAUUGUUGCUCAGUCACACUACAUGGGAAAGAUCCACACCAAGAAACUGAAGCAGCUGUCAGGAGAUCAGGCUCAGCAGGCUACGCAGUGUGCUCAGCCAGAACCUGGUCCCUCCAUGCCAGAACCAUCUGCUGAAAAGGCCUCCCAGGACAUUGAUGCUAAAGACCCACCGCCAUCCUCUAGGACCACUUUGGAUUUAGAUGAUCCAGAUAAGUAUUGCAAGCUCUGCUCAGCACUCUUCAACAAUCCGCUUAUGGCCCAUCAACACUAUGUGGGCAAGAAGCAUAAAAGGAACGAAGCCCGCAAGAAGCUGAUGGCUGAGAUAGGCUCUGAAGCUAUUCCUGUGGAAUCUAAGGCCAAUGCAGUUGGGGUGGGCAAGUACAUAUGCCCCAUCUGCAGCAUUAGCCUCACAUCCAUAGAGAUGUACCAGUCUCACAUGCAAGGAAAUAAGCAUCAGAUUAAAGAAACCAUUAUUGUCAAUCUAAUAACGAACUCCAAGAAAACCUACAAUUCUUUCCAAGAUGAAUUGGAAGAUUACAUUAAAGUACAAAAAGCAAGAGGGCUGGAACCGAAAACUAAUUUCAGAAAGCCAGAGAAAGAUUUUCAGAAUGAAGAGUAUGAUGCCAUGAAUGGUCACGACAGGACCUUUGCAUUUGAUCGGGAUCAAUUUUCCUGUGACAGUAACGAACCAGAGCAGUAUUCUGGUUUUUUCUCAGAAACUUGUGCUCCAUCAUAUUCUGUUGAAAACAGAUUGUCCCAUUGGUCUCCAGUGUACAGAGACCCACUAAAACUAGAACAUACUUCCAUUUCUCAGGACAGCACAGAAUGUUAUUUAGAAAAGCAAGUAUCUCCAUUGGCCACCUACAAAGGUGACAAUUACAACCCAUCAUCAGCUGAAUCCAGUGAUGGCUACAAAUCUGUGUCUUCAGAUAUGAAGUCUUACAGGAGAAGCCAAAAGCUGCCAAAGACACCCAAAAGAGAGAGAGAAUGUACAAGAGAGGGCAAAAGCAAUCCUCGCCAACCCCUUGUGAAGCUCAAGAGAAAACAAUGCAGUGAAGAAGAGUCGGGCUUUGGAAAAGAUGGUGAGAAGAAAAAGAAGAAGAAAGAUGAAGUUGAUUCAGCGGCUGUGUCAAAAUCAAAACACAGUAAAGACAGAGGAAAUAAAGAUGGUUCUUCUGAAAAGGAAAGCAGAAAACGUAAGAAGGAGAGAAAAAAGCAUGAAGCCAGUGGACCAACAGAGGAGGAGUUGCUGUGGGAUGAAUCUAUCCUGGGUUUCUAACUGAGCUUUUUCUAAUGAAUGUUGUGUUCACUUGAACCAUUGUGCACUUUUAUGUUUCAAUUACUGACUCUUUUUUUUGUCUUUUAAUUGCUUGUUCAGAAAUAAUGAAUGAAGGGCACAAGAUCUCUUAACAAACCACUAGGGAAGAACUUGAAUUAAAAUUCUGUGUUAUGCUGUGAAACAUAAUUAGUAAUUCACAGUACUUCUCCUGGAAUGACACAGUAUGAAGUUAGUAUGGAAUAUUCUUCCAAUGGCAUUUAAAUGCAGGUAAGAAAGAUAGAGAUGCACAGUGUCUGCAGUUGCACUUAAAUACCUGUGUUGUUGAAAGCUUUAAAAGUGACUGUGAAAUAAUGGCAAAGGGGAUAGAGUUUAUUCCAGUUCUUGUUGAUAAGUUUUUUUCCUCCUUCCAGUUCUGAAAGUAUGAAAUAACCCAUUAAACUGAUAACAGAAA